AUGGUACGAUCACAAAAGAACAAUAAAGCGAAACACAAUGAGCAUAUUGAAAUUUCACACGAUAACAAGCCCUUCUAAAACCUCAGAGCACCUCAAGAAUGCAAGUAGAAUUUCCUUGCUAGACAAGGGGAAGACAUAGCGCAUGCGAACUUAUUUGUAAGCACUGCGACUGCGUCAACUCUUGAUUCGCACCAUCAUCAGCUUCAUGGCGAUGACUGUGAAUUUAUUCUACCUAACCUUGAUUACUAAGGAGCUUCAUAUAAUUCCCCUAGAGAAACGGCCCCAGCCUGGAUUGGAUCCCAGUCGUCACUGUACUCCUCAUCUCGGGAGCAUUCCUUUGAGAUGGAUGCGCAGGUGCAACGAAAUUUGCUAAAGGCGCCCAAGCUAUGGGAACGAGUGAAUCAGACAGCAAGUAAAACUGAACCAGAGCUGUACACGUCUGUAUUCCCUCAAUUUGCACAAUAUGAAGACACUGAAAGUAAGCAGGCAGGUGGAAUGUUUUCACUUUCUGAUGGCCUUCGUGCAGAUGGGCGCCUUGGGGAAAUUGAUGAAGGAGCUAUGCCUCCCGCUAGAUUGAAUGGAGGAGAAGGCUUCAACUCUAGAAAUUUCAAGAGCUUAACCAAUUCAAACAAAUACAGUUAAAAUCAAAACAUAACUUAUGAGAAAGAUUGCUAAUUGUCCUAGAAGAGUGAAAAUAAUGCCAGCCAAGGUGCUCUUAUGAAUGGUCAAAUGCAACAACAGUGUAAUGAAAAAACAGGCAAUGAACUAAAUCAAGAGGUUUCAUAACAGCUAGUCGAAGAUUGUUUCGGCGAUGAAGAUUCCGACGAUGAUGAUGAUCUCAUUCAAUUCUCUUGCACCCCGCUUACCUUAUCUGAAGCAAUAAACUUUGAGUCUCUACUAUAAAAUGGAAGUGGACAACCAAAUCUAUACAAUGUCCCAGUAUUUGGUUUCCAAUCAAACUUUAAUCAAGAUCAGUAAGUACAUGAUAUUCCUCCACUUUGCAGUUUACAAUAAUAUCUUGGACAAGCACUAGGAAAUAUUAGGAGAGAAAGAAAAUUCUCAGAAAGCGAGAAUAGCAGUGACAACGAGACCAGCUUCUACUAAGAGAAAAAAAAUAUUGGAUUCUUUUUCAGACAAGAGUAGAUUGAGAAUCACAUGGAUGAGACAAUCAACGGCAGCAGAUGCGGGCAACCUCUCAAGAGCCAGCAACUUCUGAAUUAAAACCUUAAUUGCCUUAACAUUAACACUGUUGAGGGUUAGCAGUAAUACUGCAGUCAAGAAUUCGCCAUGGACAUGGAUGUCGACAUGAUACCUGAUGCAGAUGACCUUAUGAGCGCACUUAUGACCUGA